UCUUCUUUUCUUUGGUGUUUAUCAUCUGAAUAUACAUCCAGGAUGUUAUCACUCGUAAUGUGCGAUUCAUAGAAGGACCAGCAUAGCGGUUGCUACUGACAAGGUAAGAAAGGCGAUCCAAUGACAGAUGGGACUCUGCGAGGUAUCUGCCUGGAGUACACCUGCGGUGACAACCUAUCCCAUGGGAGAGGGUGUGGUGUACACAGACUGAGGGAGAAGAACCAGAGCUCCAGCACUGCUGAAGAAGAAAAGAAUUAAACGAUUAAAAAGUAAUUAGCCAGAGAAAAGAUAACGCCUCUGCUGCUGCACGAGGGCUCGGAGUUGUGGAGGAGCCGGAGUUACCGUAUUUACCAGGAUAGAGUUUCUCCGUCUGCUUAGCAUCCGAGUAAUUUCAGAGAGCUGCUCCGGAAAUCCCGAGGUACCAGAGACUGCUUCAUCCGAUCGGAAGACAAUGCAGGUGCCACAUUGUGUAUCUGCCGGAGAGAUUGGCACUCAGUGGAUGGCUGGCGAAGGGGCUAAGUGGGUGCGUCUGAAUGUUGGAGGCACGGUGUUCCUCACUACAAAACAGACUCUGUGCCAGGAGCCCAACUCCUUUCUCUGCCGCCUCUGCCAGGAGUCCCUGUUGUUGUCUGAGACGGAUGAGACGGGAGCCUUUCUUGUUGACAGAGACCCAACUUACUUUGGUGCCAUCCUACGGUAUUUGCGAUACGGCAAACUGGUCAUAGACAAGAAUGUUUCCAUUGAAGGAGUUUUAGAAGAGGCUGAGUUUUAUAACAUUGCUUCAUUGGUCAAAAUAAUCCAUGAAAAAAUGGACGAAAUAGAGGCCAGCAAGUCCCAACCGAAGCAUGUUUAUCGAGUGCUGCAAUGUCAAGAAACAGAGCUGGCACAGAUGGUCUCUACAAUGUCUGACAACUGGAAAUUUGAGCAGUUGGUGAAUGUGGGCUCCCCAUAUAAUUACAGCAGUGAAGGACAACCAGAGUUUCUUUGUGUGGUCUCCCGGGAGUUACAGAGUAAGAAGAAAAUGUGUGGAUCUGGGGCAUGCAGCGCAGCGCAGAGCUGUGAACCUGAGCAGGAAGAAGAGAUUGUGUUGAACCCAGACAGUAUUGUCUUCCAUGAGAGAGAAAGAGACGGACGGAAUUAACUCCUACAUUAUCCUCAGUGAUCAUUGCCCCACAGUCCCCUCCUAUGUCAAAUAACACAUCACGUAAACAUGCAUUUUCAUAGCAGUCUCAUUGUUUAUUACCAUGCAUUAUGUGAACCUUUUAAUAAAAUCUAUCCACUAACCAA